AUUCAUUUUGAUGCCCCACUUUAAUCCUGAGUUAUUUAGGAGAGUUGCUUCAUCCCCAGAUUGAGAUGUUUUGAUUGCUUAUUUUUUAAAUCAUUAUUUUGUCUGAAAAUGUAGACUUGUAAGGGUCGCAGAACAUUUACCGCCAAGGAACGACUCCAAGAGACACUGUCAUGCAGUCAGCAAAGGGUUUAUUUUCUCCAGCAUGCUGGGGCUGUCUGAACACUCAGGAACAGAGCAGCCCCUGGUGAAAGAAGGCUAGGGUUUUUAUACAGUGCAACAAACAAACAGGAGGGGGUGAGUUCAUACAAAGAUCACUAAGUUACAGGAACUUAUUGUAGCUCUUUCCGGACUCCUGCAAGCUUUAUCGCGUGAGAUAGUUACACAAAGCAGUUUUACAAGGCCAUCUCUCAAGCAGAUGGGGACAGUAUCACAGGCAAAUGGGGACACAUGUUUCAACAGAGAUAAUUUGGUUCCUUAUCACCGUGGCUACACUUGGAUUUUUGCAGUUUCAGUUUUAUGGCUUUACUUUUAAGCUUUUAACCCUUCAGACUGUCAAGUCUCAACUUUAAUUUUUUUUUUUAUUUGAAUGGCAGAGAGAGAGAGAGAGAAGGGAGAGACAGAGAGAUCUUCUGUCAGCUGGUUCACUCCCCUGAAAUGGUCAGGGCUGGUCCAGGCUGAAUCUAGGAGCCCAGAACUCCAUCUGGGUCUCGUGGGUAGGGGCCCAAGCACUCGGAACAUCUUCCACUGCAUUCCCAGGCACUAGCAGGGAGCUGGAUUGGAAGAGGAGCAGCCGGCAGUGAAACCAGCUCUCCAUUAUAGGAUGCACGUGUUGCAAGCAGCAGCUUAACCCACCGCAGCAAUGCCAGCCACUCAACUUUUUAAAAUUUAUCAAGAUACUCUGAAGCCAAGCUGCACAGUGAACUUUGUUCAGUGGAUAUAAGAGAAAAUCUCUGCCCCUUUCCCAGAAGAGCCAAAAAUGAAUGAGUCUCUGAAAUCAGUGUCUUUCAAGGAUGUGACUGUGCACUUCAGCAGGGAGGAGUGGCAGCGAUUGGACCUUGCCCAGAAAAGCCUGUACAGAGACGUGACGCUGGAGAACUAUUUCAACCUGAUCUCAGUAGGGUGUCGUGUUCCCAGACCAGAAGUUGUCUUUAACUUGGAGCUGGGAGCAGAGCUGUGUGUGUUGGCUGGUGAAGUCUCAAGUCAGAGCUGCUCAGAUGGGGAUAUUGAAACAUCACAACAGGGACUAUCUAAAGAAGUUUCUUUCCUGUCUGAGAAUUUUAGUCUGUUCACAAGGCAGGCCCUGUAUCCCAUUUUAGAGGAAUUGUGGAAGGAUAAUAAGCAGAUGGGGAACUAUGAGGACAAUCGGAGCAGCGCUCUAGGUCACUUUGCCUUCCCCAGCCAGGGGUCGCUGGUUGCUGGGAUGGACCGUGCGUAUGAGGAUGCAGGGAGAAGAGCUCACAUGAACACCCAGCUUUUUCCUUCAAGCAUAAGACUGCAAAACUGUGACUCAGUAGAAAAGAGUUCGAAGCUUGUCGUAAGCUUAUGUCAUUACGAUGGAAGCAGUACAUCAGGCCAUCUUGACAAGAUUCUGGGAUUCGAGGAUAUCUUUACCCACAUGACUUCUCAUACAAAAGUGAGUGCUUGUGAGUGUAAUCACUGUAGGCAGCUUCCGAGUCAUCAGCAAGCGCUUGACUACCAUGAGAGACACCCUGGGGAGCACCUCCAUUUGUUUUCUGACCAUGUAAGAAGUCUCUUCCGGAAGUCACCCCACUUUGCACAUCAGAGAGUUUACCCUGAGGACGAACAGGAAGAGUGCAGCAGAUACGGGACAGUCAUCUCUGAGAGGCCCCAGCGUGCUGUGCCUCAGAGGGCUCAUGCAGGGGAGAAAGCCCUUGUAUGCACUGAAUUCAGGAAGGAUUUCUCCCUCACCUCCAGUCAUCAGAAAACAUGUGAUGAGGAGUGUUACUACACAUGUAGUGCAUAUGGAAAUGCUGCUCCCCGGAAGUCAGGAUGUGGGAAAAACUUCUCUCAGAACUCAAGCCUCAGUGUACGCAAAAAACAGCACAGUGGAGGGAAACACUUUGCAUGUAGUGAAUGUGGAAAAGCCUUCACAAGGAAGUCAACACUAAGCAUGCACCAGAAAAUUCACACAGGAGAAAAGCCCUACGUCUGUACUGAGUGUGGGAAAGCCUUCAUCUGGAAGUCACAUUUCAUCACACAUGAAAGAAUUCACACCGGCGAGAAACCCUAUGAGUGCAGUGACUGUGGGAAAUCCUUUAUUAAGAAGUCACAGCUCCACAUGCAUGAGCGAACUCACACAGGGGAGAACCCCUUUAUGUGUUCAGAAUGUGGCAAGGUCUUCACUCACAAGACAAAUCUCGCCAUACACCAGAAAAUUCACACUGGAGAGAGGCCCUAUGUCUGUACCGAGUGUGGGAAGGCCUUCACAGACAGGUCAAAUCGCAUCAAACACCAAAAGAUUCACACUGGAGAGAAACCCUAUAGAUGCAGUGACUGUGGAAAAUCAUUCACCUGGAAGUCACGUCUCAGGAUACAUCAGAAAUGCCAUACUGGAGAGAGACAUUAUGAAUGCAGCGACUGUGGGAAAGCAUUCAUUCAGAAAUCAACGCUGAGUAUGCACCAGAGAAUUCAUAGAGGAGAAAAGCCCUAUGUGUGCACUGAAUGUGGGAAGGCCUUCUUCCACAAAUCCCAUCUCAUUGCACAUGAGAGAAUCCAUACUGGAGAGAAACCCUACGCGUGCAGCGACUGUGGGAAGUCCUUCACUAAGAAAUCGCAGCUCCAUGUACAUAAGCAGAUUCACACAGGAGAGAGGCCGUAUAGCUGUGCUGAGUGUGGCAAGGCUUUCACUGACAGGUCAAAUCUCUUCACACACCAGAAGAUUCACACUGGAGAGAAACCCCAUAAGUGCGGUGACUGUGGCAAAGCCUUUACUCGGAAGUCAGGCCUCCACAUCCAUCAGCAGUCCCACACUGGAGAAAGACAUUAUGAGUGCAGCGAGUGUGGGAAAGCCUUUGCGAGGAAAUCCACGCUGAUCAUGCAUCAGAGAAUUCACACCGGGGAGAAACCUUAUGUUUGUACUGAAUGUGGAAAGUCCUUCAUCCAGAAGUCCCACUUAAAUAGACACAGAAAAAUUCAUACCGGAGAGAAGCCCUAUGAAUGCCAUGACUGUGGGAAGUCUUUCAGUAAGAAAUCCCAGCUUCAUGAACAUCACCGAAUCCACACGGGAGAGAAACCAUACAUGUGUCCCGAGUGUGGAAAGGCCUUCACCAUCAGAUCAAAUCUUACUAAACACCAGAAAAUUCAUACGAAACAGAAACCUUAUAAAUGCAGUGACCUUGGGAAAUCUUUAAACUGGAAAGCACAACUCAGUAUACAUCAGAAAUCUGAUACUGGGGGAGUAGAGUGCCCAGUGUCACAGUCGUGGUGUGGAAAUACCAAGAGAGGCGAGGCCUCAGUUUGACUAGGAAGCAGGAGGGAACGGAGGCCGAUCUCUUCUCUAGCCGGAAAUGUGAGUUUCUGGAGCACAGAGCUGAUGUCCAGGUACACAUCUGGCGAAACACUUGUAGGAAGUGUUUAAGCAGUGUGUAAUGGCCGCACCUGUUUUCUGGCCAGAUACUGGGAUCAUAGAGCCCCUGAAAAUAAUAGUAAAGAUGCAAGAUGAUUUGCAUUCUUUCUUGUUUCACAUUUUGGGUAAGCAGCUUUGUAAGUUCAGGCUAUUGAGUUUUGCAUUGGGUAGCAAAAUUUCAAUAUUGACCAAAAAAAAAAAAAAAAGUUCCGUUGUCCAUUGUCUAAGACCUGGGACAUUGACACCAAGGUGAAAAUUAGGCAAUUCAAGUCUAUAAUGAAAAUAAAUCAUAAAAUUGACACUAAAGAGGAAAAGAACUCUAUUAUGGUUUUUGGUGGUGGUGGUGGUGUUUUUAGUCUUUUGGAGAAAGUCUCCAUUACUUAUUGUUUGUAGUAUUUAUUGGUGUGUGCUGUAGCAGCAGGUGCUCAAGAGAUCUGAGCAUACUCUCAGCAUAUCCUAAAAGUGAUCAGUGAUGUGUGAGCAGUAGUCCUAUAACUGCUUACCACCUUGGAACUUAACCUAAUGUCAUGGAAAUUAGUCACAGGGACCUAGAUCUAGAUAUCGGCUCUUUUGAUCAUCAGCUUCCUCUAUAGGAACCUGUACGUUACAAAAUAAUAAUAAUGAAAGAUUUUGUUUGAAAGGCAGAGUGACAAGAGAGACAGAGACAGCACUUCCAUCCACUGGUUCCCUCCCCAAAGGGCCACAACAGCCAGGUCUGGGCCAGUUUGCAGACAGGAGGCAGGAACUCCAUCCUGGUCUUCCACAUGGGUAGCAGGGGCCAAAGUACUUUGGCCAUCAUCCACUACCUUCCCAAGCACAUCAGCAGGAAGCCAUAUAGAAAGCAGAGCAGCCAGGACCAGCAUUCCAAUGUGGGAUACCAGUGUCACAGGGGGUGGCUUAACCUGCACUACAAUGAUAGCCCCUGUGCCUUAUUUUUAAUUUUUUUUUUUGGCAG